UAAUGCGGGGACCACAUUUUGUCGUGAAAUGGACAGAGUUUUGUGAGUUUUUCUGUCUUUAUCGAGCAAUUAUUUAAUCUAGUGUAAGUCACUAUACUCCCCAACAACGUUUAUCGUCCAUAAUGUUCACUUUGCAGUCACUUUGUCUUCGUCCAUAUGAAAUGGUCCCGCGUGACGUUGCACGUGACGCGGCGCCAUCAUUAAACAUGGCCGACCAAGAAAAUACAAACAUGGAAGGCGACAGGGGAAAGAAUAAACGUUUUGCCGACAAAGUUGAGCCACUCGAGGACGAGUUUACGCAGAGAACAGGCAACCAGAACAAUUUUGGAGAUAAGAAGGGUGCCGGUGAGUGCCGCGCCACGUCGGAGUACUGCGAAAAGCUGCAGGCGUGGAUGUGGCAGUACUACACUGGGUAUGUGAACUGGCAGAGCUGGCUGGCAGCGUCAGCCAUGUCCUUCCCUCAUUAUUUACAGUCAGCCAGCGGGACGUCGACGGGCUCUCUCGAUUUCAACUCCCAGCACUGGCAUAACAGCCCGUUUGGUCUUCCGUUGUCGCCUUACCCGUCUGCCGCCGCCUCCCCAAGCAGCCGGGUAGGUGAACCUGCAGGUGGGGCUGCAGUGCCCGGCCAGCCACAGCAGCAGCAGCCGCAGGAAAAUGGAAAUGCACAGAGACCAGGUCGCGAGUAUAGCAUUCCUUCACCUCUUCAAAGACUCCUGGCUGAGAUGGUGGAUUUUUUCAUUUUGUUUUUCAUCAAAGCAACUAUAAUCAUCAGUAUUAUGCACCUCAGUGGAAUUAAGGAUGUUUCCAAGUUCGCAAUGCAUUUCAUUGUGGAAGAAAUAGAUGAGGACACGUCGAUGGAGGAGCUACAGAAAAUGAUGCUUGUUGCACUUGUCUACCGGAUAUUAGUGUGUUUUUAUGAGAUCGUGUGCAUCUGGGGAGCAGGGGGAGCCACUCCAGGGAAGUUUCUCAUUGGACUCAGAGUUGUUACAUGUGACUCAUCAGUUCUGGUUCAUCCUAACAGGGUGCUUGUCUUGCCAGCAACUAAUGUCUCUCUGUCUGCAUCUACUGUCCGAGCCUUGAACAAGAACUUUUCAAUUGCCUUCUUUUUCCCGGCCUUCAUCACACUUCUGUUCUUUCAGCACAACCGGACUGUGUACGAUAUGGUAGCUGGUACAAUUGUUGUCAAGCGCUCCAGGGCUAGAUGAGGCUGAAGAGCCCACAAGAGAGUCCUACAGUAUUGCUGAGCAGGAACUGUGUGAUGUUUUUUGAAAAAUGCCAGCAGAACUCCUCAGACACCGCCCUUUCAAGGGAUCGUCUGAACACGCAGGAGCAUUAAGAUGUUGCCAGAGAGCUUGAUACACAUCAGUAUGAACUAUUGAGGUCCCUACAACUUUGGUUUGGUUUGUCUCUGACACAUACUGUAUUUCUGCAUGUAUGUCUACAUGCUGCUUUCAGAAUCUGUUCCUGUGCCAAAUGUAUGUCUCCUCUGAAGACAGAAAAAAUGAUGGUAUAUGCUACCUUUUCACUAACACAAGAUUUGCCUCUUUUUAAAUUCUCUUCCAAACUAAGGGUGAAUGUCUUGUAUCACUCAGUAGUUAACUUGCUAACCAUGCAUACAUGAGAUUAUACCUGAAGUAUUUCUUUGUAUUAAAAUCUUGUCCUAAGAGUUGUAUGCUCAGAGUCCUCAGUUUUGAGUUGAGUUCUGUCACUGUAAGAGUGAUGCAUCGUGCUCAGCUUUUUAGCUUCUGUAAAACGUUGGUUUAAAGGCACAUUUAAAAGUAAUGAAGGGAAAUGUAAACUGACUCUGACAGCAUGCGUGUGAUUGAAAAGCUAAUGUCCGAUGCAUUUUAUGUGAUUAACUGUUUUUUGCAUUUAAUUAGAUUAAAUGAAACCACCACUAUCUA